UCGGUAGGAGGCGCCAACUCUCAAACGCUUCACUGUGCAUGUGACCAUAACCAUCCCCCAUCACUCAAACCAACCACUGGCACAGUCAGCGUCCAUUAUCCGCAACUCAGCGCGCGUUUUCGAUACAGUUGCUUAUUGAAGGAACUGCUGAGUUUGAGACCUUGCACCUCCGAUCAACCAAAGACUGAUUUAUCAAAAAAUCCGCUCUUCCCGUCCAAAAUGGUGAAGAUAUUUGUUGGCAACGUAGCUUCCGAGACCACUGAAGAUGAGCUCCGUGCUUUGUUUGAGAGCUAUGGCCCUGUGUCCGACUGUGACAUUCUGAAAAACUAUGGCUUCGUCCAUAUGGACGAGGAAGUGUCCGCCCAGAAGGCUGUCUCAGCUUUGCACAAGCACGAGCUCAAUGGUUCUCGUAUCACUGUUGAGUAUGCCACCACUAAGGUACGCAAUGCCACCAAGAUCUACGUGGGCAAUGUUCCUGACGGUGUCAACGCAGCCAAAAUCAAGGAGCUCUUCCAGCCGUUCGGCAAAGUGGUGGAGUGCGAUAUUGUGAAGAACUAUGCAUUCGUUCAUAUGCAGAGAGAAAAUGAGGCUAUGCAGGCUAUUUCAGAGCUUAACCACUCUAAAUUGGAGGGCCAAAAGAUCUUUGUUUCUCUGUCUCGCAAUAACCCAUCCAGAAAUGGCAGAGGGGAGGACUAUUUUCCUCCUCCUCCUCCUCCACAUCACUAUCCACCUCACCCACACCACCAUCCCGACUUCCUCCCCCCUCGCCCGCCGCCUCGUGACUACUAUACGCCUCGUGGCCGAAUUCCACCCCCUCCUCUCCCACCUCCGCCACCACGCGCCUACUAUGACCGUGUUAUGUACGAGAGAGGAGUCCGCCCUGACCCGUACGCUGCCGCCUCCCCUCGUUUUUAUGAGCGGGAUCCAUACGACAGACGCCCUGUGCCCCCCCAACGACCGGUCACGCCUCCUCUAGCUGCCCGCUACUACCGUGAGCGCAGCCCUCUUGGUGGUCGUCGCUCUCUCCUGCCUCCGCCUCCCCCUCCACCCUCUUCUGCCGGCUUCGCUCGCGGUUUUUCCCGCAAUGGCGCUAGCUCGGUGCCCCCACCCCCUUCCGCUGCUUCCUCCCACUAUCAGCGCUACUCUCUUGGCUCAGGCUUUGAUAAGGAUGAUUAUUUGGAGGACAAAUACAGCAACGGCUUCGGCCGUAGCUACUAAGCAUGCUUUGUCCUGGAAGUUUGUUAGUCCCUUUUUUUAUUUGAGAGGACGAGUUAUCAGAGGGGUACCUUCAGGGAGUUCGGGAUGAAUUUUGUAGUAUUUCGUGUUUGUAGCUAUUUUAGACAAUGAAUCAAACAGCUAAAUCUAUACUCAUUUAUUAAUAAAAUUACCUCUCUGCCCAAUGAAGGAAUAGAAAAGUUUUAUAGCAUGUAAAAAUUGACUAUAUUUGCCAUCCAUAUCAGUUUAAAUAUUUUUUAAAAGACCCUUGUUUGCUUGCAAAUUUUUUGCUUUAAACAUUUUUGGAACAUUUGCUAAAGUUCUACAAUACAAACGAUUGACUAAAUGGCAAGGUUAAGAUAACGAAUGUUUGCGUUAUUAUUACUUUUUUGUUAGAUAAUUUAACAAGUGCAUAGUUUCGAGUGUCUGUUUAAAAUCGAAGUAAGUCCUGUUCAGUGUGUACCUGCGUUUAUUUUUCUGUUUUUUUAUUUUGGAGUGAUAUUUAAUUUUUUUUCACCUUGUUAUCCAUGAGUCUGGAAGGGAACGCAUCUUUGCAGAUAUAAGAUUUUCUAUCAUGUCUUUGUAACCGACGGAUCAAUCCUGCUUUGCUUUUUUUUAUUUGAGUUAAUUUAUUUUAGUUUAAUCUCCUGGACUACCUUUAUUUAGGUGAAAAUAAUUUGCUAUGUUGGUGUUAAAAGUAAUGUUCGAUGAGAGUGGGAUGGAACAGAGAGGAAAUGGGUAAAGAGGUGGUUGUGGGCGGAGCUGUAUGCUUACUGACUGAUCAACCAAUCACAACCGAGCACAUGACAUCUACAAGGCGCUCAACUAUCGGAUCCGCCACCGCAUCGUAGGAUAAAGCACCACCGGUCGAAGGAAGCUCGGAAAAACACAUGACCAACCACACCCGCUGAACGUUUAAAAAUUAAAAAACAACGCUGAUUGAUAAGUGCAGUUUGUACACUGUAUUUCGAUAUUACGUUGUUUUAGAAAAUAGCUGAUUUUCCGACUCCGCAGACUCUUGAAAAAGUUUUUAAAGAUGAUAGGCUUAUUUUGACAUUACAUUACAAUGGAUGUGUUUGUGAUUCCUAUUUACUGAAUACUCAACAUUGUUACCUGUCCUACUUGUACUACUGCUGUUUGCAUACAUUGUUAGCGUACAGUUCUGUUAAAAUGUACGUAUGUUAAAAAAGUCUUUAAAGCCUGUUUCUGAUCCGUAACCGCUAACUUUAUCAUCUUGUCCAUUCGAGCAGCUAUGCGAUUGUUUGCAAAUGAUUCAAACUAUAUGCUUGUUUUUGAUUAAACGUAUAAAAACAUGUUUUACCAAUCGCUGUUCACCAUUUAGCCGCCUGAAUAAAAAUUCGAAUGACUCAGA